AUGACAAGUCUUGUUGGAUACGCGCGUCGAUGUGCUUCUCAAUUUGCCAGUGUCAGCGAGAAGGCCAAAUACGUCCCUAGAAGAUCACUACUUUAUGUGCCGGCGAGCAGUGAGAAAAUGCUUAAUAAAGUACCGUUAAUGAAGUCGGAUUGUGUGGUGCUCGAGCUAGAAGACGGUGUGGCGCUAACUUCGAAAGCGGUCGCUCGCUCUAAUGCUGUGAAAACGCUCAAUCAACUUCAAGGUAGCAUGUUAUCGUGCUUUGAGCUCGGUCUCCGCGUGAAUUCUUUUGCAAGUGGUCUGCUGGAAGAUGACUUAAAGGAACUAAGUAAAGCCGAAGUUCUUCCAGCAGCUUUUAUGAUUCCCAAAGUCGACACUCCCGAAGAUGUGGCUACGAUUUAUGAUCUUUUUCGGACGACUUUUGGAGCUAAUCGUAUCACAGACUCGCCUACAAGACUUGUGAUAUGGAUAGAGUCAGCGAGAGCCCUAUUGGACAUGCCUAGAAUUGUUUCUUCUGUCAUCAAUCUUCAUCGAAAUUCUGGAUUCUUCAAGUUAGACGCUGUGGUGUUUGGUUCAGAUGAUUUCUGUGCGGACAUUGGGGCAAUCCGAACCGCCGAGGGCCUUGAAAACAUUUACGCUCGUCAAAGAUUCGUCACCGUAUGCAAGGCUUUUCAAUUACAGGCAAUAGAUUCCGUGUACAUCGAUCUCAAAGAUGAAGAAGGUUUACGCGAAUCUUGUUUGCAAGGACAUAGCUGGGGCUUCACUGGGAAACAAGCUAUUCAUCCUUCCCAAGUUCCCAUUAUUCAAGACUCUUAUAAGCCGUCCGCGGAAAGAGUUGAAUGGGCAAAAUCCCUGGCCGAUGCUUUCUCCAUGCAUCAACAAGGGGGAACUGGUGCUUUUUCUUUCCGUGGUCAGAUGAUCGACCGGCCCCUUCUCCUUCAAGCAAUGAAUGUACUCCAAAUGCAAGAAAGGAUCAUGGGCGGUGGAUUG